AUGACCCACAGGUGGGUCCUCCAUGCUGCGUUUCUGCUGUGCUUCUCCACCACAGCUCUCUCCAUCGACUACAGACAGCUUCUGCUCCAACAAAGCAACAGCACUCGGGCAUGCCUGGACCUCUUGCGGCAGUUGGAUAGAACGCUCUGCUUCAGUGACAGGGUGGACUUCAAGAUCCCCGAGGCAGUGAAGCACCCUCGACAGAUGGGGAAGAGCUACACCGCCUUCGUCAUCCAAAGGAUGCUACAGAAUAUCUUUCUUCUCUUCAAAAACAAUUCCUCCAGCACUGGGUGGAACGCGACCAUCAUUGAACGCCUCUUGGAUAAACUGCACAAGCAGAUAGAGUUUCUGGAGACAAUCCUCAAGGACAAACAAGAGAAGGAGUGGGGGACCUCCCCAGCUAUUCUACACUUGAAGGGUUAUUACUGGAGGGUGCAAAGGUACCUUAAAAAGAAAGGGUAUAGCAGCUGCGCCUGGAUAGCGGCCCGAGAAGAAAUCUCCAGGAACUUUGCCAUCAUCCAAAGACUCACGAAGAACUUCCAGGACUGA